CACCAGCGGAUGGGCAGUUUAGAAUUUAGAGUCAGUAGAGUAGUUUAAAAUUAUUACCCUCUUUUUGUGGAAGAUCAAGCCCACAGUGCUUUAGAGACAGUCAAUGUUUGCAGAGCUUUAAAUCUGCUUUCUGCCAUUCCUAAAAACUGUACAGACCCCUGGACACCUGAAAGUGUUCACUAUGAAUUUCUGGGUACUUCUUUUAUUAUCAGUAUUUCUGCUGGAGGUCCAAAAUGGUGUAAGUCAAGAGACCAAGAAUAAGAAAGAUGCCAAUUUUAGACCAGGGCGAAAGAAGGGCAAGGGUCGUUACCCCAAAGUAAAAGACAAAGAAGUAGGAGGUAAACUUCAGUCCAUUCUCACCCAGGUUCUGGAAAAAGGCCGCUUUCUUCGUCUAAGUGACCAUACAAUCUUGAAUUCUGGAAAAACACUGGAACUAAGAUGCAAAGGCAGCAAGAUUGGCUGGGCAUACCCAUCUUAUUUGGACACUUUUAAUGACACCCGUUUCAGCAUUGAACAGAAUGAUAAGUUUAGUCAGUUGACCCUGAAGUCACCUUCUCCUGCUGAUACGGGAGAAUACAGCUGCUGGGUGAUACUCUGUGAUGGUGAUGAGUGUGAAAAGGACACAGAUCGCACUUCCACCUCUUAUAUAUACUUUACAGACAAAGAUGAGCUUUUUGUCCCAUCACCCAUCCACUUUGAAAUUGUGUUUAUGCGGCCUGAUAUACCUGCAACGGUGCCCUGCCGAGUCACAUCCCCUAAGACCACUGUGUCCCUACACCGAGAAAUGCCUCCAGAGGAGAUACAGGCUGAUGGGAAACUUAUCUCCUACAACCCUACCAAAGGUUUUAUUCUGCAGAGCCCCAGCCUUGAGUACACAGGGGCUUUUUACUGCAAGGCUAAGAGCACUACAAAGACCACACCACAGGUCUCCAAUAAGUACCAGCUGCUUUAUCUUGAAGUACCCAGUGGUCCCCCAUAUGCAACUAUUCAAGCCUCCUCAAUUCUAGUGACUGGAGGGGACCUUUUUAACAUUACCUGCACUGUUUUGGGUGAGCCCGAAAUUGAUGUUAAAUUCAUCUGGACCUAUCCAGGACAGGACCAGAGGCCUGUGAUUAUUCAGGACUCCCGGAGGCUGAUAAACAGGGGUGUGGGCCAAAUUGUGCGCAUUUCCCAAAGUGUCAUGAUCGUGGAUGAUGUGGAGACUAUCGAUUUUGGGACAUACAUAUGCACAGCUAAAAAUCCCCAUGGAGAAACCUCAGUGGCCACACAAGUGAACUUAUUAAGCCAUUAGAGGAAAAAAAAUGACUCUCUUUAUACAUCAGGUAUCUUGCUCCUUGCUUUUGUUGAUGCCUUUGUCAAGAGAAAAAAAAAAGACUUUUCAUGGCAAAGGGUAAAAAAUGCAAGAUAAUAUAAAAUGCAAAUAACAUUCUCACUGUUCAUAAUACCCACAAAUGCUUCCUAUAGUGAAAAUAGCACAACCAAUGGUUUAUCAAAGAGUUUAACUAUGAACUAUGCUUUUUAAAAUGCUACAAUUAUCUGUAUCUCAAUAUUAACAUGGUCUUGCAUUGCUGUAAGUGAAAAUAAAAUAAGCUGAUGGUGGA